AUGGCUUCGCCGCCGACGGGACCCGCGGCGCCGGCGGGUUUGGAGAGCAUGGAGGGACUCGCCCUCGACACUAUCAUCGCCAAGGCCGGCGCGCGCCCCGCGGCCGCGCUCGCCUGCGCCAGCACGCACCUGCGCGCCGCCGUCGCCGAGGACGCCGUCUGGCGCAGCUUCUGCGCCCGAGACCUCGGCCUCGACGCGCCCCUAGACCCCGAGGACCGCCCGCUCCCCUCCUUCAAGGAUGCAUAUAAAGUUUGGUCAGAGUCUUUUGGUAUGUAUCCAUUACCCCUGGUAAAGAGAGUGAAACUUUUUUGGAGCUCAUUAAAAGGCUGGAUUUCUGAAAACUUCCCUGAAGCACUCAGAACUUUGAGUAAAGGUGCUUCUGAGGCUCAGAUAAGAUCAGCAGAAGAUGAUCUUGGUUUCAAGCUUCCUAUGCCCACAAAGCUAUUGUACCGCUUUUGCAAUGGUCAACUGCCUUUCAGUAGAAACCACUUUGAGGAUGUACGCAUGGCUCCUCUUGGCAUAAUAGGAGGCUAUGUGUUUUAUGAUCACAGUGUAAAUGUGCACUUGUCAUCUCUUGAGCAAAUGGUCGAAGAGACAAAAGAAUUUAAUCUCGACUUGGAGGAACAAGGUCUUCCCAUUGGGCCCAACCUUGCAUUAGUGGCAAGUUCAUGGUAUCAUCCUAAAACGUUUAUUCUCAAUUGUUCAAGUGGUGACCUUUACGUUGGCACUGCCAACUUAUCAGCUGGAGAAAUGAUGCCAUGCGUGCCAAAAUCAUUGAUAAAGCCAACUGAUAGUGAUAUGCCCCAAGAUGGAUUACUUUUGUGGUUGGAAGAGCACCUUAGGCGCUUACAGAAUGGCAUGAUCAAGAUUCGCCCGCUUAAGACGUCGAGGUAUAUCUGCUUAUAUCCAGAAGCAUCCCCAUUGUGUUCGUCAGCAGUGACAAAUGGUGUAAAGGUACGUGCAUCUGCAGUCUUUGCGCCAGAACAUCCUUAUGGGGGGCAUCCGGGCACAUAUCUGUACAGCUAUUCCAUCCGCCUGUCAGUUCCUGAGGCAUGCAUGCUAGGUGGAGUUUACUUUUCUUCCUGCCAGCUUCACUCACGCCACUGGAUCAUCCGAUGUAAAGACACGGUUGUUUCGGAUGUGAAUGGGGAAGGUGUUAUUGGGAAGUUUCCUUUACUUUUACCAGGGCAGGACGAGUUUGUCUAUGAGAGCUGCACGCCGCUGAAUGGCAGUAGUGGAUCUGUGGAGGGCUCCUUUACAUUUGUGCCUGGGAGGGUGACCCAGCCAGAAGGAAAACCAUUCAACGUCACGGUGGCUCCGUUCCCUCUGCAAGUACCCGACUACAUCUUCUGA